CUGCAGAAGAAGAGAACGAAUCUGAGGGCAGAUGAAGGACGUCGUUUAUUAACCGCUCUUUUAACUUGUUAACCGGCAAAGCAGAAUUUCGAAACAAAAACCUAAGUCUGCUCGGAACGUCACUUUCUAACGAAGCAUAAUUAAAGAUGGGUGACCAAAGAGCAGUCAAACAAGUUAGAGAACAAGAUUACACUUUACUAGAUCAUUUGAGUGUUCUAGAUAUUGAUGCACCUCCUUCUAAUUGCCGAUUGACCGGCAUUAUAUGUACUAUUGGUCCUUCAUCUAGAGAUGUAAACAUGCUUGUGGAUAUGAUUAAUGCAGGAAUGAACAUUGCACGAAUGAAUUUUUCCCAUGGGACGCAUGAUUAUCAUGCUGGUACAAUAAAGAAUGUCAGAGAAGCAGUAAAAAUCGUAAGUGAGCAGCAAGGGAUACCUUCCUAUCCAGUUGCUGUUGCUUUAGAUACUAAAGGACCUGAAAUAAGAACUGGUCUUCUUUGUGGGGGUCCAUCAGCAGAAGUUGAAAUAAAGAAAGAUGCCAAUGUGAAAAUUGUGACUAUUGAUGAUUAUCAAGAAAAAUGCACAGCAGAUGUUAUCUAUGUUGAUUAUAAAAAUAUAACUAAAGUCUUGGUUCCUGGAAAUAAAGUUUACAUUGAUGAUGGCCUCAUUUCUCUGACUGUUGAAAAAGUUGGAUCUGAUACUGUGUUUUGUAAAGUUGAAAAUGGUGGAAUGCUUGGAAGCAAGAAAGGAGUGAAUCUUCCUGGUGUAAUUGUAGAUUUACCUGCUGUGUCUGAAAAAGAUAAAGACGAUCUGAAAUUUGGUGUUGAACAAAAAGUUGACAUGGUAUUUGCAUCUUUUAUCAGGAAUGCAGCUGGUGUCCGAGAAAUCAGAGAAAUUUUGGGCGAAGAAGGGAAAGAUAUAAAAAUUAUAUCUAAAAUUGAAAAUCACGAAGGUGUCAAGAAAAUUGAUGAAAUCAUUGAGGAAAGUGAUGGUAUAAUGGUUGCCAGAGGUGAUCUUGGAAUUGAAAUUCCUCCUGAAAAGGUCUUUUUAGCUCAAAAGAUGAUGAUUGCCAAGUGUAACAUGCUCUGUAAACCAGUUAUUUGUGCAACUCAGAUGCUUGAAAGUAUGGUUAAAAAACCCAGACCUACCAGAGCAGAAAGUUCUGAUGUUGCCAAUGCUGUAUUGGAUGGAGCAGAUUGUGUUAUGCUGUCAGGUGAAACAGCUAAAGGAGAAUAUCCACUUCAAGCUGUAAAAAUGAUGCAUGCAAUUUGUGUUGAAGCUGAAGCAGCCAUUUUCCAACGACAUGUGUUUAUUGAAUUGAGCAUGAAAACACCUGUUCCAACUGAUUCAACGCACACUGUUGCUAUCGCUGCUGUAAAUGCAUCUAUGAAAUGCCUGGCUGCUGCCAUUAUUGUCAUUACUACUACUGGAAGGACUGCUCAUCAGGUAUCAAAAUACCGACCUAAAUGCCCAAUUAUUGCAGUUUCACGCCUUACUCAAACAACCAGACAAGCUCAUUUGUGGCGAGGAAUAUUGCCUUUGCACUUCACAGGAGAGCGUUUACCAGAUUGGCCCCAUGAUGUGGAUGCAAGAAUUCAGUUUGCCAUAGAUUUUGGAAAACAGAGAAAGUUCAUCAAUUCUGGUGAUGCUGUUAUUGUUGUGACAGGUUGGAGAAAAGGAGCUGGUGCUACAAACACUAUGCGUGUUGUAUAUGUUGACUAAUUAAGUAUUGUUGUAUACUUUGAUUAGUUUCAAAAGAUUGUAGUAAUGUGGAUUACAAUUCAAAAAUAUUUUGCUUAGUAUAUCUUGUUGUGUAAUGUUCCCCACUUGAUACAACUUCUACCUACAUGAAGAAAAACUCGUUACUAUUGUUGUAAAAUAUUUAACUUUUGUGACAUGCAAACUAUUUGUAGAGUUUAGUGAUCAGAUAUUUAAAAUUGUGAUGUCAUUGCAUGAAUGUGGUAUUAAAUUUGUGAAAUUUUAAUGCAUAGAUCGUCACAAAUAAAUGAAAUUUGCUUGAAA